CAGCCAGUCAUUCUUACCUCACCCUUUGAGUUCAGCUCUUUCCUCCCUGUUUGGACCAAGAAUGUAAUGAGGUUUGACUGAAAUAUGGCUAAUAAAGGACGAAGAAAUCCUAUUAAAAACCAGAAAGAGAAAGCAACCUAUGAUUCAUUGUAUGAAUUCAAUGAAGACAAUGCAAAAAAGUUGGGGAGCAGCUAUGAGACCGAACAGCUAGAGGAGGGCACGAUGCAACUUGGAAGGAAACGGUCGGCACCCAGUGCAGUGACUGAUCAGGAAGAGGAAAUGGAUGACAUAAAUGUUGGUGGUGAUGUGGCCACCAUGCUUGAACGGUUUGGAGCUGAUAUUAAUAAGGCUAUCUUGGCUAAGAAGAAACGAUUGGAGGUGUACACCAAAUCUUCGUUAAAGACCAGCAACCAAAAGAUAGAGCAAGUGUGGAAAGUGCAACAAGAAGAAAGGCAAAAGCUGACUGAUGAUUACUGUAAGCAGUUUACUGGAAUCUUCCAGCAAUGGGAGAAAGAUAUUCAAAAGGCCAAGGACCAAGAAGAGAAAAUAGAAAACCUGUUUAGGCAACAACAGAAGCUUUUCCAGCAGAUGAGAGUGGUCCAGGGACAAAGGCUGAAGAGCAUCAAGCAGCUGUUUGAACAGUUUCUGAAGAAUUUAGAGGAACUGGAGAAGAAUCACACAGAGCAACAGUCAGCUGUACAGAGUGAGCUUCGUAAGGAGAUGGCCCUCUUUCAGAAAAGGAUCUUAAUGGAUACUCAACAGCAGGAAAUGGCCUCAGUGCGGAAGUCCCUACAAUCCAUGCUUAUGUGAUGUCAUUCAGUGGAUACAACCUUCCACGCUGCAUGGAAGCCAUUCAACUAAAACAACCGAUUGCGUUCAGCAGUAACUGAGUUUAUAGUUGCGAUUUUAAAAUGGUUAGUUUUAAAACUGCUUUCAUGUUAUUGUAUCAAAGAUUUAGCUUUUCAGUGCUUGCCCAUUGUGUUGGUGAAAUUGUUAACCAGAAUAAAACAAACUCAAUU